AUGACGAUGAAUCUGGACAAUGGGUGGAACGUUUAUGAUUCGGAUGCUGAAAUAAUUACCGAAGAAGCGUUGCACUGGCUGAAGGCGAUGGCGCUCACGUUUGGAACCGGGAAGGAGAGAACACGACAACCGGCUACGACCUACUCCACAGAACACGAGAUCAGGAAUUUGCGACUCUUUGCGCAAUUCGUCACAGUCAGGUGGCACUGGCUAUCAAGUGUUGAUGGUUCACAAUACGAUGGCUCGGACCACUCCAACAAGGCUGUUGUGGUACUAAGGGAACAAGGCCAUUGUUGGGUGCAAACACGUAGGUUGAAUGUAGGGCCGACUGCCCGUGACUGUUGUCGGCAUCACUUUGCGAUCUGCGCCAUCCUUCGACUGGUGAACACGAGGGUAUCGGUCGACAAAGAGCAUUCUCAGCAUCAGAUGUUCCCUCUACGAGAGUAA